CGCACACCUGGCGAGGCACCUGCUUCGGAACCCCGGGCAGCUCAGGGGAAAGCGGGGCCGGCGGGCGAGGAAGGCGGGGAGAGGAAGAGGCCCGCCUUAGCCUCGCCUCGCCUCGCCUUCCUUCUCCCAGGCCGAGCCGAGCACAGGAAAGGGCGGCCUGCGCAGGAUGAAUGCACGUUGACAUGGCUUUCAGAUGCAAGGCAAAAACUUUGCAGGUGGUUGAUACCGAAUAUAGUGCCGACGCGGUGGAAUGGUGCCCGGUGGAAGGCUGGCACAACAUCUUGGCAUGUGGCACCUACCAGUUGAAGAAACCGGAGAGUGAGCCUGGCCAGAGUCCUAGCGAGGACAGCGAACCCCCUGUGCGCCUAGGACGUCUCUACCUCUAUUCCUUUGAAGAUCAAAUUUUCACGCCGCUGACGGAGAUCCAGAGGCUGGAAACGGUGGCCAUAUUGGACAUUAAAUGGUGCCAUGUUCCCAUCGCAGGACAUCCUGUUUUAGGCAUCGCAAAUGCCCAGGGAGCGGUGAAGCUCGCCCACUUGAUGGGAAGCGAGAAGAGUUGCAAACUUCAACCUCUCUGCAGUGUUGACCUGGGAGAUGACUGCCUUGCUUUGUCUUUGGACUGGUCCACGGGACGAGAGGAGUGCGGCCACCCUCUGCAACUGGUCAGCAGCGAUUCCAAAGGGAGAGUCAGCUUGCUGUCGGUGGACGAAUCCGGUUCCUCGGUGCACGUCUUAGACCAAUGGAAGGGACAUGACUUCGAAGCCUGGGUCGCUGCGUUCGACUACUGGAACACUCCUGUUGUGUACUCAGGUGGAGAUGAUUGCAAACUGCGGGGCUGGGAUACUCGGAGCAGCUCAAGGGUUCCUCUCUUCACCAGCGAGCAGCAUUCUAUGGGGGUCUGCAGUAUUCAGAGUCACCCGCUGCGGGAAAAUCUGCUAGCUACGGGAAGCUACGACGAGCACGUCCUUCUGUGGGACACCAGGAAGAUGAAGCAGCCCCUGGCGGACACCCAUGUGGAAGGCGGCGUCUGGCGCUUAAAAUGGCACCCGUCCCAGGAGCAGUUGCUGUUGGCUGCCUGUAUGCACAAUGGCUUUGUAAUCCUCCAUUGUCCAAAUGGUUUAGAAGAGAGCCAAGAGAAAUGCACCAUCCUUUCAUCCUAUGCCUUACACAAUUCUUUGGCUUAUGGAGCCGAUUGGUCCAGGCUUCCAUUGAGCGACUCUUUGGAGACGUCUACGGCGAUGCUGACAAUUCAGGAGGACCAAAGAGCCAGCCGGGAGGACCUGAGAGGGCAGAGCCUCAAGAUCAUUUACGAAUCCCCCACGGCCACCUUCGAUGUGCUGCUGGAGGAGGAAGAGAAUCCACCUCCCGCGUCUCCAUCCCGAGCGGAAGGCACCUUGGCCCCGCAGGGACCUUCUGGGGACGGAAGAGCUCCGGAUACCAAAGCCAAUGGGGAUGUCCAAGCACCCAAAGCCCAAAGGGAGACCAGCCUCUUAGCAACGUGCUCCUUUUAUGACAAGGUUCUACAUGUAUGGAAGUGGGAGGUCAGCCAGAAUUCCCCUCUGGCUUAAACCCACUGUUGGGUUUGUGGAUGGGAGUUCUGCCUCUUUUUUAAAAAAAAAAAUUUCUAUCUGCAGGGGGAAGAAACAUGUUGGAUGGAUGACUUUUGGCAGAAGGGGGUUUUCUGAACUUUCGUCAUUAAGACAUUUUGUUACCGAACUAGGUAACAUUAUCAGAGCUAGAAGAGUGCAGUCUGCUGUGUGGAGGAGGAAGAGGACUGUAGGGUUCUCGGGACUCUAAUGAGCUGGGUUGUUUUCUUGCAGACGUCUCAUGACUCAACUAGGUAACAUCAUCAGUGCUAAUGAGUGUGGUGUUUGCUCCCUGUUUACACACAGUAGCGUCUCCUUUCGGUCUCAAUGGAGGUAUGGUUUUCUCCUUGGAAGUUCUUGAGUAGGGUAUUGUUUUCUCCUUCUCCGUCUGGUGUUAAUUCCGGCUUAUUUGGAUAUUGGAUGCCGGGUGCUAGUUAUAAGGUAAGCUACUGAAUAUAAACAGUACUUAUUCGGUACUUUGGUACCUAGUUUGGUACUGAAACAUCUGCAAGAAAACCAUCAAAUCUCAGAGAGCAUCAAGGAUCCCGCAGUUCAAUUCCGAGCUACCAAUAUUCUAUGUUUUUCUAUUACUGCUGGGAUCCUCCAGUGGCCGUGAGUUUUGAAGGAUCUUAUGUUGGUUCUUUCCACCAGCUUUUUUUUGUACUGCAGAAAUAAGAUUGUUCAGGUUCCCUAAUUUCCUGCUAAUUCCACUUUUCCCCUAAAAUUUGAUUCUUGCGACAUUCUCAACCACCAGCUUUAACAUGGGAGUGCCAUUUGGCUCACCUUUUCCCCCCCCAAAGAAAUAGGGAACCUGAAGUUUUAUUCAAGCUUGGAAAAGAGACUGAAAUUAAAAACGGCAACCAGUGAUAAAUCACAAAGAUAUUUUCUUGAAAUCCAAGCACAAGCUCAUUUGUGGGGUAGAAUGGCCUUAUCAAAGGGCAUUAUUUAUAAUCUGAGGUAUUACCAAAUUAUGGCAUUUUUAUACCAACAUGCUCAUUGGCAUUGUAAAGCACCUUUCAACUAAAAUAUAUUUUUGAUCUUUUUUACAAUAAAAUGUCUUUU